AAACAAGCUGUAAAGGGCGGUUUGCAUGUGUUUAUACGGGAAAUCCCCAACAGAGGGAGUAGUCCUGCAGUCCAUGCGAUUGACGCGCAUGCGCAGAACCGUGGUGUGUUCUACCCGUUUACUUUCGCUCUUCAAAGACUUUCAGCUAACUUUAGCAAUAUUAAACGGAGAAUGCUGCGAAAAUAGAACGCCGCUAACUUCCAGUUUCAAGUCUGAAGCAUUUAAAUGGUUCUGACGAAAGUCAAUUUUUUGGAUCAUCUUUACUGAAGUUAAAACAACAUAACGGAGCGUAAACAACACGUUGAGCUAACUCUACAGCAACGAUGUUGUGACGUCUAAGGCUUAGGAAGUGUCUGCAGAGACAGCAGGUGAGUAAAUAUUUCAUAGUAUUUAUUUAGGAAGGUCAUGUUUCUGUAAAUAUUAGGUUCACGUUGUCUGUAUUUAGUUGAUGUUAAAGUUUUCUGACGUCCCUCAAGUAAACACUUAAGUACCGUAAGCCCUGGGUCAUUAACGAUGGCUACAAGAAGUUAGAAUUAUCAAAAAGAAGAGCAAUAUUCAAAUGACAUAAUAAAAACUAACAAACAGUAGUAAACAUAUACUCGAAAUUAGAACAGUAAGUAUGUUGUAUUUGAGCUUGUGGGACAAAAUAGUGGGAAACGGUUGCAUUUUUAUUGUUCUAUCUACUGUAUUUUUGAGACUUUAUAAAUGAUAUACGAAUCAUAAACGAACGCUUUUAUCUAACUUUUUGUGUAUGUUAGACUUAUUAAUUUCUAUGCAGAAAACUAUUUAUUUACAGAAAUAUAUUAUUAAUAUUUUGAUUGUUAUUUUGCGGCACUUAUGUCAUAUAAAUCUGAAAAUUGCAAAUAUUUUAAAAGUUUUAAAAGUUAACCUUUUUAGAAAUGUAUUGUUAAAAUUCCCUGCUUUAUGAUUGAAUUAUUUACUUCUCUGCUUUUCUGCCUUAUGUUUUGGCCUAACACGAGAAAUCAUAAUGCCAAAAAGUAAAUGUUGACUUUCUAUUAGUAUUUGUUUGGAGGUUUUCUACAGACUCCAUCUGUUGAUAGUCACCACUGCAGACCUCACAAUAUGGAGCGAGCUGCUCUCAGACAAAACCAGCUGUGUGGUUCCUGGGAGAUGAAGGAGAGACUUGGGAUGGGAGGCUUUGGACAUGUCUACCUGUAUCAGCACCUUGAGCUUGGAGAAAAAAUUGCAUUGAAACUUUGUCGCCUGGAGCUGAACUCCAAAAACAGAGACCGUUGGAGCAGAGAGAUCCAGAUCAUGAAAAAGCUGAACCACACGAAUGUUGUUCAUGCCCGAGAAGUACCAGAAGAGUUGAACUCCAUUGCUUUAAAUGACCUACCUUUGUUGGCAAUGGAGUACUGCUCUAGAGGAGACCUUCGCAAGGUUUUGAACAAACCAGAAAACUGCUGUGGCCUUAAGGAGAGUGAAGUGCUCCCUCUGCUUAGUGACAUAGGAUCUGGUAUACAGUAUCUUCAUGAAAACAAGAUCAUCCACAGAGACCUGAAGCCAGAGAACAUAGUCCUACAGGAGGUUAAUGGAAAGAUUGUUCAUAAAAUUAUAGAUCUUGGUUAUGCCAAAGACCUUGAUCAGGGGAGUCUGUGUACAUCCUUUGUUGGAACACUACAGUAUUUGGCACCAGAACUGUUUGAGAGCAAACCCUAUACUGUCACUGUAGACUACUGGAGCUUUGGAACUGUGGUUUUUGAGUGUGUUUGUGGCUUUCGUCCCUUCCUCCACCACAUGCAACCAGUACAAUGGACAAGUAAAGUCAAGAACAAAGGUCCCAAUGACAUCAUGGCAGUUGAGGACAUGAAUGGAGAAGUCAGGUUCUCUGCCCAUCUGCCAUAUCCCAACAAUCUCAGCAGGCCUCUGUUGGAACCGGUUGAGUCUCUGCUACAGAUGCUGUUACUAUGGGACCCUGCAGCACGUGGCGGGGGUCAGGAUCUUGACAGAAACCAGCCACACUGCUUCACAGCUUUACAGAAUAUUCUCAGCAUGAAGGUUAUUCACGUGUUGGACAUGACGUCUGCUCAGCUGCACUCCUUGGUUCUGGGGGCUGAGGAGAGUUUACACUCCCUGCAGCUUCGUCUUGAAACGCACACUCAGAGCCACAUUUCUCCGCUGAGUCAGGAGCUGCUCCUGGAGACGGGGAUCUCCCUAGACCCACGCAGACCCCCCACACAAUGUUUACCAGAUGGGCUGCGAGGCUGGGACAGCUUCAUUGUCUUCCUAUUUGAUAAGAGUUUAAUCAAGUACUCUGGACCACUGACUGCUCGACCUCUGCCUGACAGUGUCAACUUUAUCGUCAGGGAGACCAAAACCCAGCUGCCACUGUCUGCACUGAGGAAAGUGUGGGGUGAAGCAGUGAGCUACAUCUGUGGCCUAAAAGAAGACUACAUUCGUCUUUACCAGGGACAGAAGGCCGCCAUGCUCAGUCUGCUCCGUUACAACACCAACCUGACGCGCUACAAGAACCUACUCUUCUCCCAGUCACAGCAGCUCCGAGCCAAACUGGCUUUCUUUAAAACCAGCAUCCAGCACGACCUGGAGCAGUACACCAAGCAGAGACAGACAGGCAUCUCAUCUGAAAAAAUGUUGAAAACAUGGCAGGAAAACGAAGACAAGGCUGACAGUUUUGCAAAGGUUGCAGACAUUAGUUAUCUGGACGAGGAGAUCGUGUCUCUACAUUCUGAAAUUGUGGAGUUGCAGAGGAGUCCGUUUGCAAGGAGACAGGGAGACGUCAUGGAACAACUACAGGACAGAGCCAUCGAACUCUACAAGCAACUGAAGGCUAAAUGUAAAAGUCCUGACCCUCCACAUGGCUACAGUGACAGCUCAGACAUGGUGAAGACCAUCCUUCAAACAGUUCAGAACCAGGACAGAGUGCUGAAGGACCUGUACACUCAUCUGAGUACCAUCCUGGUGUGUAAGCAGCGUAUUGUGGAUUUGUUUCCUAAGUUGGAGAGAUCAGUGGAGAACAUCAAGGCUGCAGAGGCUCAAGUGAUGCAGAUGCAAAUGAAGAGACAGAAAGAGUUCUGGUAUCUUCUCAAGAUUGCGUGUGCCCAGGAGAGUUCUCAAACACAGCUACUCAAGCAAGAAACCACUGGCAGUGAAUCUGUUUGUCAACUUCUGGAUGAGAAUCAGCGAUACCUGAGUCAAUUAACUUCUCUGCUACAAGAUGCCACACAGGAGAUGAAGCAAAGUGUCAUGGAUGAGGACUGGAGCUGGACGCAGUACAGCGGAGUAAAAGGUCAACCUCAGAAGCUGUAAAAAAAAAAAGGGGGGGGGGGAGCAGAGACCAAAGAAGUGAAAUAAGGAACCGUGCUUUACUAAACAUGCACUCAAUGAAAGUGGUUUAGACUUUUAAAAAUGUGUCCUUCACCAACACAUGAAACUAUUGGAAGGUUUUAACAAUAGCAGUGUGUUAAAUUUAGCUAUUUAUGUAUGAACUAACAUGUAAAUUAUAGGUUUUUUUUAAAGACAACAUUGAGGAGUCAUCAAUAUAUAUUUAUUUUACUAAUAAUAUAAAGGAUGUUAUUGCUGCUAAUGAAUUUUGAGUUCAUUUGUAAGUAAAGGUGAUAAAUGUACAAGACAAAUGGUAUUUCAAGUCA